AUGGCGAUCAAACCGUCGCAACAAGUCGGAUGCGGAACAGGGGGUUCGUUGCUAAUCGGUGACAGUGCGGUGACUAAACGGCCUCAAUUGUCUCGAGAACCGAUGAACUGGCGGUCAACUUUCUGUUGCAGUUUUCUCGCUUUCGUACACCAAGGAUCAGGGCCCUUGAUGAAGGGCAGUAGGACCGCCUCGCACGGAAGAGGAUCAGGACUCGCGAUCCCCCACGAGCUUGUUGUUCUGGAGAAAGAUAGGAAUUGCUCGGUGAUGGACCAAGUGCUCCUCCAGGCGUGGGUUUGGGCGGCUAGACCAAAGGAAGAGAGUUCGACUUUUAUGAAGCCUCUUGAUGGCCUUGCUUCAUUAUCAGGUAUGGCCAACAUGACGGCCACGGCCUGUGAGCGGACUGCUUUGGCAGCGGUUGAACCGCCCACGUACCCUCUCGAUCUUAUGCGACGGACCAUUGGCUUCUCGUUGCGUGUCAGCCUCCUCUAUUGGUUUGGGGAACCUGAUAGGCACAGUUGGUGCACGGUAAACGGUCCAAGCGGUCAUAUCUUUCUGCGUGUAGCCAAAGCAGCAAGCCGUGAUAGUUGCAAGUUGUCGGGAGGGAAGACACAGCCUCAAGGAAAGUAUAUGAAGCCAGGACCCAAACGUUGGGAUGACUCAAGUAGCUUGUGA